AUGUUAGAUGCUACAGCUGGUGUUUAUAAAUAUCUCCAUCCAUGUGUCUAGUUUCCCCCCUUCUCCUCGCUGUCAACUCAUGAUAUUCUUCCGUUUUCCACUCUGAAAAUAACGUUACCAACCUUUUUUUUAAUAAUAAUAAAAAUGCUCCCUUUAUUAUUCCUAUCCUACUUAAGCGCCUCCCCCCUUCUAAGCAGUCAAAGCAGUCAGCCCGCUUCGUCGAUAAAUCUAACCGCCUUGAGCGCGAGGAACAGUAUCUCCGUCUUGGAGUGCUGGCAGCUCGCCUUGCCGUCCACCAGGGCCUCGGGCUUCGACGUGCUGCAAAUGGGCGAUACUGCGAACGCGUCGUAUUACAUCAUGCCGCCGAGGUUCGACAGCGGACGGCACCCGGGGCCCGCGAGGCAGUAUGUCUGGGUUGUCAGCGGCGUUUUGCAUAACGGGACGGGAUGGCUUGGGCUAAUAAUAAGUAACCGAACUAAAGUAAGCCUGCCGAACGCCACCGACGAAGUUACUAUCCAUGGCGGCAGAUACGGACUCUUGUAUGUCGAGGACACGUCGGACGUGUCAGCUUGGGGCCACAGGACGACGUUUCCGGGCUACGACGAGACGGUCCUGCUGAUGCUUCCGGUUCGGGAUGGCGUCAACCCGCCGCAUACGGUCUUACAUGAUGGGCCCUGUAAGAUGGAAAUGCCUGUUGUUGGUAGCGGAGAAUGAAUACCGUGGCAGCCAUGACCGUAGUAGAGAAGUCUUGGUAUAUAAUAAGGCUGCAAGAAAGACAGAUGUAAGAUGUCUUGCAAUACCCGAGUUCUCCUUGGAAUAGGUACCUACCUAUGACUUAAUUUCUCCUGCAAGCGGCUC